GCACCGAAACGGAAAGACGUGCGCUCGACAAGAUCCUCGGAAUCGACGAGGAGCAAACAGCAGCAGCAGAAGAGGUUUCCAGCUGUCGCGAGGCGGCUAGUGUCGUGCAGUGCAGGGAGCGAGAAUGGCGUCGUCGGAGGAGGGACAGGUGAUCGGCUGCCACACCGUCGGGGCUUGGACCGAGCAAAUCCAGAAGGGCAACGAGCCCGACCAGCUGGUAGUUGUGGACUUCACUGCAUCAUGGUGCGGACCGUGUCGCUUUAUCGCACCUUUCCUGGCAGAGCUGGCCAAGAAAUUCCCCGCCGUCCUUUUCCUAAAGGUUGAUGUGGAUGAGCUGAAGCAAGUUGCUCAAGAAUGGGCUGUGGAGGCGAUGCCCACCUUCAUUUUCGUGAAAGGGGGGAAGGUUGUGGACAAGGUGGUCGGAGCAAAGAAAGAUGAUCUUCAGCAGACCAUCGGCAAGCAUGUGGCUACUGCUUCAGCUUAAUCACGCGGGCUCUGCGGGCUCCGCAGUUGUCUUUGAAGGACUCUUUGGAACAAGCUGAAAUCCGCAGUGAUAUAUUAUAAGCGCCAUAUGUUAUGUUGAGAUUCUUAUGUCUGCAGCAUGGAGUGAUUUUAGUGGAACUUUACAAUCAUGAUGAAUAAAACAUAAGGAAUUGAUGGCGAUUUCUGAAAA